GGGCGAUCCGCAUUCAUCCAUCAUUUCCCACCGUGGGGUGACAUUUUAAUUUACCGCUUCUCCAUUCCAAGGGGGACACUUAAAGUUUGGCCCUCGUCUGUUUCUCGAACAGAGUCAAAUUGUCCAGGGGAAAAGCGAAACCGUUGUUUUCAAAACUCCCACCUCUCUUUUUACUUCUCCCACCGGGAACAAACGGCUGACGGCAGACGGCCUGCCGAUCCCGCGCUCCCUUUUCCAAUGACGUCGCGUCCGUCAACUACCGGCGGUUCCAGUACCGCGGACUCGGGACCGGCCACCGGGACCCCCUCUAGUGCCGGUCCAGUCCAAACACCAACCCCUUUGACUAGCAGCACGGGAGCGACAACACCUCCCCGUGCCGUAGCACCGACCAGUAUCCAGUAUUUGCUUAAUCCGGCGGCAGAUCAGACCUUGACGCCGCUCCAGGUCGACACCGAGAUUACAAACCCCGGCGAAGAUCAUGACUCGGCCUACGGCUCCGAUGCUGGCAGUGCUUACACGGCCUCCAUAGCAUCCUCCAUCUUCCAUUACCAGUACGAGAACGGGCGGCGAUACCACGCCUACCGUGAGGGACAAUACGUGCUUCCUAAUGACGACCAAGAGCAAGAACGACUCGACCUGCAGCACCACAUCUGGCGUCUCCUCCUUGGAGGCCAGCUUUACACCGCGCCACUCCCCACACCAGAGGAUCCGGCGGCUUCUGGUAUGAGGAUUCUCGACCUCGGUACAGGGACGGGAAUAUGGGCCAUAGAGAUGGCAGAUGAAUUUCCCACAGCUGACGUAUACGGUGUCGAUCUCUCUCCCAUUCAGCCGGAAUGGGUUCCCACGAACUGCAAAUUCCAUGUCGAUGAUUACGAGGACGAGUGGACAUACCGUGAGGAGGAGCACUUCGACUACAUUCACGGCCGCGCCCUCAGCGGAACGUCCUCUGAUUGGGCUAGGUUCUACGACCGUGUCAUGGGUGGUUUGAAGCCAGGCGGAUGGGUUGAAAUGCAAGAGUACGAUGCAUGGAUCUUCAGCGACGACGAUAGUUAUGAGAGAGCGCCCUGGACAAAAGAAUGGGUGAACAAGCUGGAUGAGGCAAGUAAGAUGUACGGGAAGCAAAUCAACGUGGCAAGACACCACAAACAAUGGAUGAUUGAUGCCGGGUUUGAGGAUGUUCAGGAGCUUGUUUACAGAAUACCCAUCGGCCCGUGGGCGAAAGAUCCGGCAUUGAAGGAGCUUGGUCGCUGCGAGCUGGUUCAUAUGCAGAUGUCUGUCGACUCUCACACUCCGGCCUUGUUCACGAGAGUAUUGAACUACUCGCACGAUCAAGCCAGAGUGCUGAUGGAGGGUGUCAAGCGAGAGUUACGUAGCAAGGACUACAGGCUUAUCACGAGCUAUCGGUUUGUCACCGGGAGGAAACCGAUGGCAUGACAGUGAGUUAUUGACGUAAAGAUAUUAUCGAUCGCUCGCUCCUUGCAGCAUUGGCGAGCCGAAUGAGGGAGUUGGGGUGACUUUAGUGGCAAAAAUCAUGGGAUUGGCGUACUGUAACUCAUCGAUGUAUCGAGCGAGAGCGUUUCUUGGAAUGAGGGGCAUAUCUAAAACAACACAAAGACUCUUUUUGAUGACCCCUUAAUUCUCACCGCGUGGAAGGGUCAGAAAAUUAGUGACAUGACCGAGAUCCGAGAAAUAGCGGUGGGUGUUCCUCUACCUCUGAAGUAGUGAGUUAUCCAAGUGAUGAAUUCUGGCC